ACAAAUAAACAGCUCGAGAGGCAUCACGCGCGUCUACGGUUAUGGUGGUGGUGAUGAUGAUGAUGGUGGUCCCUCAGCCCGGAAGUGGAGCUGGAUGAUCUGUAUAUUUUUUGCGUUAUAAUAGUUAUUUUGUUCUUGAUUUCUUAAUAACCCGAAUGUGCGAUGGUUCUCGCGCGCGUCGCUGAGCUCCUUCUGUGCGCGCUCUGUGCGCUGGUGCGCGCCGAGGACCGCGCGCCCGCCGGGUGUAGCGCGGUGAGACAGGUGUACAGUGACAUGGGCUUCAGCUCCGGGACCGUCCCUGAUAAUGUCACGGCAGGUGACUACCUGCAGGUGUGUGUGCAGAACUGGACUUGCUGUAGCACAGAAAUGGAGAUGAAUUUCAUUGAGAGGAGUAAACAUGAGUUUGAAAAGUUUGUGGAUGAGGCCACUGAAGACUUGAGGAACACAUUUGAGUCCAGAUAUAAAAUGUUUGAUGAUUUCUUCCUGGAGCUCCUGGAGAAAACCGAACGCUCGCUGAAUGAGAUGUUCCUUCGCACUUACGGCGAUCUGUACACGCAGAACGCAGACGUGUUCCAGCAGCUGUUUUCUGAACUGAAACACUAUUACUCUGGUGAAAAUGUGAACCUGGAGGAGGCAAUCGGAGAUUUCUGGGUGCAUCUGAUGGAGCGCAUGUUCCAGCUGCUGAACUCACAGUAUGACAUCAAUGACGAUUACAUGGAGUGCGUGAACAAACACAUGGAUGAUCUCAAGCCCUUCGGUGACGUGCCAAAAACUGUCAAAGUUCAGGUGUCAAGGGCGUUUGCCGUAGCUCGUACCUUCGUCCAAGGACUCGGAUUUGGACAGGAAGUGGCUAACAAUGCAUCCAAGGUUAACUUGAGCACAACAUGUGUUAGCAACAUCACUGAAAUGCUUUACUGCCCGUACUGCCAGGGUGCGACGUCACAGAAGCCAUGUAAAGAUUACUGCCUUCAUGUCCUGAAGCUCUGUUUAAGGUCUCAACUCAGAAUGGAUGACGACUGGACUCGCUACAUUGACGCGAUGUUGCUGCUGAUUGAGAGACUCGAAGGACCACUUAACAUCGAGUCCGUCAUGGAGCCGAUCGACGUCAAGAUUUCAGACGCCAUCAUGACAAUGCAGGAGAAAACCAUGGAGCUGUCGUAUAAAGUUUUUCGUGGUUGUGGUCAGCCAAAGCUUUUGGAAAAGAUCAGACGAGAUCGUGACGUCUCCGGCACUUUCGAUGCCAGAUUUACAACGACCGAGUUGACUGGCACAAACCUACAAAAACUAGUAGUGGACAUUAAGGAGAAACUGUCCCAGUUUAAGUCGUUCUGGUCGUCGCUGCCUGAGUUUGUGUGUCAGGAUGAGAACGUAGCUGCAAGCGCAGAGGAGACGAGCUGCUGGGACGCAGAGAAACAAGACUGGAACGUCUCUGAAGCCUUUGAUGAAUUGUUUUUCGAUUACCCGGCGGUGGCCAGCACACUAAAGCGAGCUUACAGCGGCUACCAGACGCACGACGAUGACACCAGUGAUGAGGUGAGUGGAUCGGGAAGUGGGAGUGGCUGUAUGGAGUCGUGUCUUCCUCCGGUUCCCCCUCUCUACACUGAAAACCCAAAGACAGAAGAGUCCUCCACCUCACACAUCCACCCAUGCAACUUCCUCCUCCUCCUCCUUCUGUUGGUUCUGUCCAUCCUCACAUCUCUGGAGCAGCAGAGCUAAUACAUACAGCCCUAUGUGUUCAUUAGUGUAAGGUGGCUCGAGGACUGCAGGAUGGAGAAAGUGAAAACCGACUAAAUGGAUGUUCACCUCCGUCGUGUCCACUUCGUUUAUUUCUACUUCAGUUUCCUCUUUUAUCUUCAAUUAAUAACCAGUGCGAAAUUUUCUGCUUUCAUUGUGUCUUUAACAUCCUUUUGGUUAACACACUUCUUUUAGGACCAUUUUAAAAGUGCUUUGAGUAGAAUUUGGGCUGGUCAGCUUGUUUACCAGGUGCCUAAAUCCUGCCUGUCAGAGUCCACAUUAGCAUUCAAUUUCAGCCACUUUAGAGUUAGCACUUAGUUCAUAUUUAAUACUUUUCAUGAGGGUGGAGUAAAGUGUCAAUGUCAGAACAUAUACAAUCCACUUGCUCUGUUCACCAGAUAUUUCCACAUUAGUGCAAGAAUAACAGCAAUAAAAAAUUAAUUAAUAAAGUACCUUGGAUAAGUAUUUAUGCUCUUGAACGUCUCCACAUUUUGGAGUGUUAUAACCUGGAACUGAAACAAUCAAAUUCUAAUAUCAUUUAAAAUGAAAUAUUUUGUUUUUUAAUGCUGAAGCAUGGUGGUGGAGCAUCACGUCAGCUUUAAUGUGCAAAUGGAUCAUAAGGGUAGAGGACAAGCUGGAUGGGGCUAAAUAAAGGAGGUCCUAGAGAAAAUCUGUUCCACUUUACAAGUGACUUCGAGAUCCAAUAGACAUAUUCCUGAAGAAUUUACAGCUAUAAUUGAGUCUUAACCCAACAAAAUAUCUGCUUUUUUAAGAAGAAAAUGAACAAAAAAAAAAAUAUUUUGCACCUUCACAUUUCAGUUUGUGUGAAUUAAACAGUAAAAAACGAACGGAAGUCUGCUUCGGUACCAGGAUGUAACAUUAAUGAAUGUGUUUAUGGUUGGAGUCUAUGAAAGAAAUGAAGCCUCGUGAAACUUCAGUACACAGUCGUGUGUGUGUGUGUUUAAACAGUGAUCAGAUGACAACCAUGUUUUGAGCAGAAAUCAAAAAAAUCAUUUACACACCAGAACAUAAAACAUGUAGAAUGUACACGAAGCACUUUGCUGUGGUGGUGUUGAGAGAUGUAAUGCAUCUUAAUUCUUAUCUGUAAUUCACCGUAAAAUUGAUAUAGACACACAAUGCAAAAAAGAUAAUAAGUCUGUGGCCACUUAAAUAGGAACAGGUACCUGUGCUCAUCCAUGCAUUUAUUAAUAUGUAGCUCUGUUCAACUGUGUUUAUCCACUUCACUGUCUUCUGCUCACCUUACAUUUCAUCUCAUUUUUUAUACAUCUGAGCAAUUGAGGGUUAAGGGCCUUGUUAAAUGGCCCAGCAGUGUCAGCUUGGUGAACCUAGGAUUUGAGCCCACAACCUUCCGGUCAGUAGUCCAACACGGUGACCACGAGGCUAUUACAUCCCACACUUAUAAAGAGAGCUUAUUUGUUUGCUCUGCCACCACACGUACAGGCAGGUGUACAGGUAUUCCUAUUAAAGUGGCCGGCAUAUAAAUACGUAUAUGUGUGACUAAUGUAAUUCAGAAAGGAAACUUAUUUCCAAGUCUGAGUGUCUUAUCGAUGCUAAAACAUGUCGCAUAGCUACAGAAAGCUCAUUUCACAUGUUAAUUU